CCGCCGCCGGGAGCCCUGCUAUGGCGGCGCCGGGCUGUGAGGAGGCGCGGGCGGCUGGCGGGGGGCUAGGUGCCGGCCCGCCUCACCCCGGCGUUCCGCCUCACCCCGGCGUGGCACGGCGGCGAGGUCGGACGCUGCUGGUGCGGCACCUGCCCGCCGAGCUGACGGCGGCGGAGAAGGAGGAUCUGCUGAAACACUUCGGGGCGGUGGCUGUGCGCGUCCUGUCGGACCGCGGGCGUCUGAAACAUACUGCUUUUGCUACCUUUCCCAGCGAAAAUGCAGCUGUGAAGGCUUUGUCAAGACUGCAUCAGCUGAAACUUUUGGGUCACACCUUAGUGGUUGAAUUUGCGAAGGAGCAAGAUAGUGUGCAGGUACUUAGCCAACCUUCUGUCUCAGAGAAAUGUAGAAGUUCAGAAGAACCAGUGAAAGAAGAAGAGAAGAAAGAACCAACCUGUGUCACAAUAGAAAGUGGAAUUGCACCUAACCAUGGCCUCACCUUUCCCAUCAAUUCUUGCCUCAAAUAUUUGUAUCCACCACCUUCAAGUACAAUUCUAGCAAAUAUAGCAAAUGCCUUGGCAAGCGUGCCCAAAUUUUAUGUCCAGGUACUUCAUCUUAUGAAUAAAAUGCAUCUUCCUCCACCUUUUGGACCAAUUACUGCUCGCCCUCCUAUGUAUGAAGAUUAUUUACCAGUGCCUGUGCCACCUCCCCCAAUCCCACCUUUGCCUCCUGAAGCACCUCCUUUGCCUGAAGAGGAAGAGCCACUAUCUAGUGGAGAGGAAUCAGAAUAUGAAAGUGACAAUGAGGAGGAAAAGGAGAGAAUGACCAAGUUGAUGGAAUUAGCCAACCUUCGGCCUAAAAGACCAAUCAGCACGAAGAAGCCUGGUGUUAGAAAAAAGCAAAGAAUUCAAGACUUGCUGAAUGUUCCCCUGUGUGCUCCCCACAGGAAUUUGCACCCUACGCUGUCACCGUCGGAUGUCUUUGAGCGGCCACAGCACGGAGGUCAUAGGAAAAUAGAAUUCCAUAUUACUGCAGACAUCCCAGCUGUUCUUCAGAACAACUCCGAAAAGGAAAAGAAUGACCUUUAUGCAGCUGCAGAGGAAAUCAACAACACAGGCUUUGGAAAGAUUUUCCCAGCUCCUGGCUCAAAUGAUAAAAUGGAAACUGAAGAGGAAGAGGAUGAAAUACCAUCAGAAUUUAUUUCUAGAAGAGAGCUAGAAAGAAACAGGCUUUCUAGAGAAGAACUGGAAACAUUCUCUGUCUUCAAAAACUAUGAGCCAGGUGAUCCAAACUGCAGGCUGUAUGUGAAGAAUUUAGCUAAACAAGUUCAAGAAAAGGAUCUGAAGUUCAUUUUUGGAAGAUAUGUGGACUUCCAAUCAGAAGUGGAACGGAAUAUGUUUGACAUACGUGUGAUGAAAGAAGGCCGUAUGAAGGGACAAGCUUUCGUUGGACUUCCUGAUGAAAAAGCAGCUGCUAAAGCUUUACAAGAAGCAAAUGGAUAUGUCUUGUUUGAAAAACCCAUGGUGGUUCAAUUUGCUCGUUCAGCUAGACCAAAGCAGGAUGCCAAUGAAGGGAAAAGGCAAAAGUAGAACACUGCACAAGGUCCCUUGUGUGUUUCAUCUCAUUCAAGUAUUAUCAGCCUGAGGGGAG